AUCUACCUGGAGUGCUUGAAGCCAGUGUUCGCAGGAAGUGAUGUUGCUGCCAUGAGCGUCUCCAGGAACACUUUGUACACCUGCCUGGACGCCGGGCUCCGCCUCCUCAGCCCAUUGAUGCCAUUCGUGAGCGAAGAGCUCUUCCAGCGGUUACCACGGCGAUCAGGGCAAGCCCCGCCCAGCAUCUGUGUUACACCAUAUCCAGAGCCCUCCGAGUUCUGCUGGAGGAGUGAGGAGACGGACAGGAAUAUGGAGUUCACCAUGUGCAUCAUCAGAACCAUCCGGUCCCUGCGGGCCGAUUAUAACCUCACCAAAACCAAGGCUGACUGUUACCUGCAGUGUUUGAAUGCAGAGACUGUUGCUGUUGUGAAGCAAUACAGCCCCUAUAUCCAAACCUUGUCUUCCUCCCAGACUGUCAACACUCUGCAGAGUGGGGAGCCCCCUGCUGGCUGUGCCGUCGCAAUAGCAUCUGACAAGUGCACUGUCCACCUGCUGCUCAAGGGUCUGAUCGAUGCAGAGAAGGAGAUUUCCAAGCUCAAUGUGAAGAGAGGGGAGCUGCAGAAGCAACUGGAGAAGCUGGCAGAGAGGAUGGGGAAGGCAGACUACAGGGACAAAGUGCCACAGAAAGUGCAGGAGGGCGACGCAGAGAAGAUGAAGCAGAGCGAGACAGAGUUGCAGAAAGUCGAAGAAGCUGUGGAAAAUUUCAAACGGAUGCUCUAACCAAAGAAUUUCCAGGGACCAUGGAGGAGAACAGCGCCUCUGCUGGAGUGGAGGAGAAAGUACACAGCAAUCAUAAAAUCAUAUAUAUAUAUAAAUCAACUGGGUCAAGAUACUAAAAGCGCAAAACGAUACACCUUGCAAAAAAAAGAGAAACAUUUUCAAAUAAAAAUUGUAGUGUGCUAAGCAUUGUUGUGUUGGUCUUCUGUAAUAAAAUUAAUCUAGGUCUUUUUAAACCCAAAGUUAUAGUUGAAAUUAAGUUGAUUUCAUAUUAGUUGCAAGUGCUAAUAUGAGGUCCGUGAUAAGGCUCAGUUUUCCACUGUUCGGUCAUGAUUUAGGAUAGGAAUUAAUUUAAUAAGGUCAAAGCAUCAUACAUGUCCUGUUUCAUAUUUGAAAUGUUGCAUAACUUUAAUAUUGGGGCAUUUUCAAUACUUAAUAAGGGAACCUUUUCACUUACAUUGUAAUAGCGUUAAAAGAGAUGUAGUUUAAAGUCUUGAUUUAGAAGUCAUAAAAAGGUGGCAUGUUAUAAGAGCUAAGAAAAUAAAACAAAUACAUUUGAAA